AUGGCAUUAACUCUUAACAUCAACAGAGAAAGCCGAUUUGAAACGCAUCUGCACUACCCAGACUUGAUUCAGAACCUUGGAUUAUUCCGUGAUCCAAUAUAUUUCAAUCCAAAGCUUGAUAAUCUCGCUAUUCACGUACUCCACAAAGAUAAAUGCUCUGCUAGUCUCCCCCAGCUCUUUCAUCGUGGUAGAAAAUGUCGUAUAAUGGCUGCUCAAUGUUUAUGCUAUACCUUCCGUACUUUGGCCGAGAUUGGGUUAGACUCACUAAGUAUGUCCAUGACGUCGCCUAAUGUCAAUGAGAUAAUGGUCUUCAACAACAUUUCGAAAGAUGGUAGUUGGACUGUGAGAAAACCCGUCUGGAAGGCCAUCAAAUCAAUGGAGAAUUUCGAAGAUGAUAAUUAG